GGCUGUCUCCGGGGGCAUCCCCCCUCACUCAGCCCCGGGCAGUGGCAGCUGGAGGCGGGGAGCUGCAGCACACGCAGCCCAGUGCGGGGGGAAGGUGCUGGCAGCCCAGAGGCGGCCUGAGAGCAGCUGAUGGAUUCGGACGAGCCAGGCAGGAGCUAAAGACACCUCCCAAGAUUCGCUGCCGUAUCUUCAGCUCCUCAGAACAGCAGAUUGAUGGGUGUAACUAUAGGACUCUGAGCCACAGACAAAACCAUGAAUUCUUAAGAGGAUAUUUCUGAUAUAACUCAUUGCACUAUGCUGGAACUCACACAUUUGCUGCUCUGAACCUACAAGUAUUGACUCGCAGCAGUGAAAAGAUACCUUUCUGAAUGGGAAAAGCUCUUCUGCUCUGUUUUUUGUAGAUGGAAGGAUGAGAAGGUGCACAAAGUCUUAUUGACUCGUUGGAUGAUGUUUAACUGACAGCCUGGACCACAUUCCACAUUAUGGAGAAAGCAGAUGCUGGCAAUCAGCCAUCAAAACCCACUGAGGAUAAAGAUCAACCCAGAAGUCUCCCUUAUUCUGUUGAAACACCAUAUGGCUUCCAUUUAGACCUGGACUUUCUGAAAUACGUGGAUGACAUUGAAAAAGGAAAUACCAUUAAAAGGGUUCACAUUCACAGGAAGGCCAAACAGCCAAAGUUCAGCACACUGCCUCGGAAUUUCAGCCUGCCUGAGAAUAGAUCCCGUGCAUACGCUUCCUCCCCCAAUAAGAGCUGGACUGCAACCUGUUCAUUUGCACAGAGGAAGGCAUCACUAGGGGCAGAAGAAACCACCUGUCUUAUCACCUCGUAUGACUCACCACAAUCUUUAACUGCAGAGGAGCCACGUUACAGAAAAAAGGCCCUUUUAGCAGAAACAAUCAGACAAGCAGAGGUCAUCCACCCUGAAGAAGAGCCUGGCAGCUGUAGAAGGAGGCCACAGCUGUUAAGGGCUUCCAGCAUGCCAGCCAAACUUCUACCAAGUAAAAGUUCAGAAGAGGAAAGUCAGUGCUCCAAGCCUUCUCAGCCCUCAGCACUGUCUCAGCCUUGUGAUGGAAAGAGCUUCACAGAAAUUCCCUUUAGCCCUGCAAAGGAGUUACUGGAUUCACACUAUUCUGAUCGUGUCACAUUACAUUUCCCCAAAGAGCCAAGGAAUGUGCAAGAGCAAAUCAAAGUGGUGUUCCAGAAAAAUGAGCAGCCUGAGGGACAACAGGUGAAAGCCAUCCCCGAGCUGGAUCCCCAACCCUUCGAGUUUCCGAGGGAGAGAAUGCAAAUCCAAUCUCCACAUCAAAGCCAGCAUUUCAUAGCUCAAGAGCUGCUCCUGGUUACAGAGAGUGGAGGAGAGGAAUGCUACGCACCAGAGACAAAUAAAUGUCCUGAAUUAGUCAAGGAUGAAUCAAUCUCAUCAAAUGCCCCCAAGUUUAUGCAUGAAAAUGAGAACCGUGAAGAAAUAGAAUUAAACAUAAGUGAGAUCAUGCCAUGUGCACCAGAGAAGACUGAAGUUAGAAGCGUUUGGGCUAGAGCAAAUGAGGAAAACGUAGAUCUUGAACCUUUGCUUUGUGACACAGUAGAACCCAGCAGGAUCACAGCACUGAAACAACAGAUCACUGUUCUGGAGGAGCAACUAAAUAGCAAAAUAGAGGAACUUGAGCAGAUCAAAGUAGUGCUGAAGCAGCAGGAUAGUGAGAUCAAAGCAAAGGAGAGAAGCAUUAAAAUACUGGCAAGCUCCAAAGCUCAACUGGAAGAGAAACUCUGUCAGGAAAACACCAAAGAAACUGAACCGUCCAAGCAGGAUGGAAAUGUCCUGCAAUACCAUGAUGCUGCAGUGAACACUGAACUUAUGCAAGCAAACACGUUUAAGGAGGCCUAUGACAAGGGUGUCAAUGUUAAUAUUCCAGUCGCUACAGAAUCUGUAGGAUGUGGUACCUAUGGAGUGGACAAUGUGAACUUGCAGGCUAAGGAGUUAAGAAGAAUGCCUGUUCAUACGGAUCAGGGGUUGGCAGAUGUUGACACUCGUGUCAGAGAGGAAGGGGCUGCAUCUCUUGCCAAACAGAAAGGAACUGGAAUUGACACUGAGCCUCCUGUCUUUACACCACGCUUCACUGAGCUGAAGAUAGAUGAACAGAUCAAUGAUGACUGUCAACAUCAAAGAAACAGCUAUGACAGACAGUCUUGUGCUGCUAGCUCUCUGAUUGGAGAAAGCUGUUCAAGAACAGGAAGAGCUGACUCGAAUGGAAAUAAACCAGGUGGAAAUAAACCAGUUUUUGCCGGGGAUGUAAAGCAAGAUCUGAUUGAGGAGGAAAAGCAUACAGAACAACAAGAUUCCUCUGCAGAUGACCCCAUAGGCCAAUAUGUUAAAAAAAUCCAGGAGCUUUUGCAAGAGCAGUGGAUGUGCUUGGAGCAUGGCUAUCCAGAGUUAGCAAGCGCUAUUAAACACCCUGCAUCGAAGCUUAGUUCCAUCCAGAAUCAGAUAGUUAAUUCCUUAAACUUGCUGUUAUCUGCCUAUUCUACCCAAGCACCAUCAGAUAAGGAGAACUCAAACACGCAGUAUCAACAAUUGGAAAUCUCUCCAACCACAAGUCUUAAAUCAAUCAUGAAAAAGAAAGGUUAUGGUUUCCAUGCAGGAGGUAAUGGGACCAAAAAGAAUCUUCAGUUUGUUGGGGUAAAUGGUGGUUACGAAACAACAUCAAGUGAAGACACCAGCUGUGAAGACAGCUCAUCGGAAGGAAAUUCUGACAGCGAGAUGGAGAGGAAGUAUGACACUUUAGAGCACAGACAGGUGAAAGCUGCCCGUGAAAACAAACAUGCCUCAUCUGGAGUCUCCCAGUGCACUAGACAUGAAGACAAUGAGCCACAGGAACUGGAAGAAAUAACAAUGGCUAGCAUUCAACCCAAGACUGACAGAUGCAAACCCUCAGAAGAUUUUCUUGAUGGCUGCCUGUUAUUGAGCAAACACCUUUCAGAAAUAAGGACCUCCAAUGACAAACAUUUGAGACACAUCUUAAACACGGUCUGUCAAGAGUGGUUCCGAGUCUCUACUAGGAAAUCCUCCAGCCCUGAGGUUGUUGCAGCUUAUCUCAAAGAAUUCAAAGCAAUUCAUCCCCAGCUACUGAAGAUGAUCAUAAACUUGGCGGAUGGAAAUGGGAAUACAGCUCUUCAUUACAGUGUUUCCCAUUCCAACUUUCUGAUUGUGAAGCUUCUACUAGAUACAGGUGUUUGUGAUGUGGACCAUCAAAAUAAAGCUGGAUAUACUGCAGUGAUGAUCACACCACUGGCAUCAGCAGAAAGUGAUGAAGACAUGGAGGUGGUCUUAAAGCUGUUGAAAGAAGGGAACGUAAACAUACGGGCAAGUCAGGGAGGCCAGACUGCCUUAAUAUUAGGUGUCAGCCAUGACAGGGGAGAUAUGGUGAAAGCCUUGUUGUCUUGCAAGGCUGACAUAAACCAGCAGGAUGAUAAUGGAACAUCAGCAUUGAUGGUUGCCUGUCAGCAUGGCAAUGCUGAGAUUGCGAAGCUUCUUCUGGCUCACCCUGGUUGUAACACUACAUUAACGGACAAGAGUGGUAAUUCUGCUCUGUCUGUCGCUCUGAAAUCUGCCCACAUGGAAAUUGCAGAGCUCCUCCAAGCCCACAUAGAGCAGAGCCGGUCUUUGGCUAAAUAAAGGAAAUGGAAAAUAGCAUUUGUCGGAAUGGGCAAUGGAUAACAAAAGGUUCAUUCUUUUAACAACUCUGCUUCCAAUUUAGAUGGAAAUGAUUGUAGCUGAUACUGCUGAUUUCUAUACUUAUUGAGGGAGUGAACUAUGUCAACUAUUUGCAUACAUUCCUAAUAUAUAAUUCCCCUCAUUAAGCCUGCUUUUAUAGUUCUAACCUAUGCAUAGUGCCAUAAAUGACUCAAAUACUGUUUCAGAGAGUUAGAUUAUUGUAUUGCCUUUUAUUAACACACUUGAUCUUGAUCUUAAAACUGAAUUCCACUAUCUACCCCUCACAGUAUAAUUUUGUCACGUUGGUGAACAGAAAACAAAUGCACAUUAGAAAAGCAAUACUUACUUUUUUUGUAAUUUUAGAUAAUGGUGUUCUUUUUAAUCAACUAUUUAAAAUGUGUCUCAUUUAACUUGCAAGUUUACAUCUUACUGUUUAUUAUUACACCUUCUGUAUGUACUAGCAGGCAAUGCUUACUCAAUAUAUAUAGCAGUAAAUACAAGUCAGGUGGAUUAUAUAAAAAUAUCAAAUCCUAUUUAUGUGUGGUUAUGUGCUCAGAAGCAAGAAUUAAAAUUAAUUCUCUAGGAAAAUAUUUGAGUGUGCCAGAUCCAAACACACAGACAUUGUUUUUCUUGUAUUCAGAAUUACCAUAUGGCUCUCAUUUUUUCUAAUUAAAUUUGACUUAAGCAGGAACCGUGGCCCACUGGCAUAUACAAUAUAUCAUUUAUAGGAUGCUGAGGUACAAUUGUGAAGUAUCAGGUUAUCCAAACACAGUACAGGAGACAAAUUACUUGAUCAUUGCAUAAACCUUCUCUGCAAGGAUGGGUUAAUACUGUCUGAAAGGUUGCAUAUUUAAAUUCAUAGAACCACUUCCGAUGAUAAUAGGUUCCACCCAGAAAGUGCCCUUUGGCCAAACAUCUGUUCUUCAGUUUCCAGCAUGCUAAACUUUUGGAACCCCCCAAACUGGGCAGAUUUAAAUCUGUGUAGUAAUUUAGCUGCCAGAUUUUUCCUGUGUAGUCUGAGUGACCUGCUCAAGGAGAGCUAGGGCUUCUCCUUGAAGUAUACAGCCCUUUGGGCCCUGGUGGGAAUCCAGCACUGUCUGCAGUGCAUAUAUAAGGCAGAUCUUUCCUACAUUCCAGUGGUCCAAGCACAGCAAUUACAGAUCACUCUGCCUUCUUCUUUCAAAGCAGGUACGGUAUGUCUCAGAGGUCCUUCCUCUGUGAAAGUCACAGCCAAAGGGUGCCGUCCUGCAGGGUACCGAGAACAUCCUGUGAGAUACUGAGCAUUUUCAACUCCCACUGAAUUCAGCAUCUCGCAAGAAUUACUCAGCACCUAGCAGAAUGGGGUCAUAAAUCCCUAUCCCUGCAAACAUCUUUCCAUUCUCAUUAAGACAAAAAAUUAACAAGCCUUGUUGUUACAUUUCUUCCAUUGGAAGAGUCUUUCCAUUGACUUCAAUGGGCCUGGAAUCCGACCCUGAUUGUACACAGCCAUUCAAAUUGUGUGCAGCAUGAAGUCAGUGAGACUGGAUCCAGUAGCACUUACUACAAAUAAAAUGUAUUGUUUUUCUAACGUCCUCGUUUUUAUUUCUAAACAAAACCUAAUCCUGGUUUAACUUUUUUGGUUUAUGUGUAAGUCACAUUAUAGCAUAUUAUUAAAUCUCAUUGGAGUCACCCCAUCCUCUUCCCUUGCAUUUGCAAUGCAUAUCAAAAUCAUUUCCAAGACUGAUAGCGUGAUCCCAUUGUCCUCAUUCGAACAAAACUCUCAAUGGCUUAGGUGGGAGUUUUGUUGAAGUAAGGAAAAGAGGAUCCUGUCCUUUGUUCUUUGUCAUUAUUCAGAUGUUUUCACAUUGAAAUCUACUGUAUAAUUCUUGUUAUUUCUUUCAUGGUUCUUAAUCAAAAGCAAUCUGUAUGGUCAUCAUCCCAUACAUUUGUCUCUCAUUUUACUGUAUCCCAAAAUGAAUUUAUCUCCUCUAUGUGUGAAUAAAAGUCAGAUUUUAAUUUA